CUUCCAGUUGCAUUGCUCUCUCACCCUCAUUCACACUCGCUGAUACCAUUUUUUCCCCUGUUAAUGGAGGAUGCAGAGUGGGUUCUGGUGCAAAGACCCCCGCAAAAAGACUGGUGGAACCCAACUUCUUUGGGUGAUGCACAGGAUGAGCCUUCUAGGCCGUUGAAGCUUACUUUUUCUGGCCCCGCUUCGCAUUGGACUGAUGCUAUUCCUAUCGGCAAUGGCCGGCUUGGUGCUAUGGUUUGGGGUGGCGUUGCUUCAGAGGUUCUCCAGCUCAAUGAGGACACACUUUGGACUGGAAACCCUGGUGACUACACCAAUAAAAAUGCUCCACCAGCACUUGCUGAAGUCAGAAAACUUGUUGACGAUGGCAAAUACACUGAAGCAACAGCAGCAGCAGUCAAGUUGUCGGGAGAUCCUUCUGAAGUUUAUCAACUCCUUGGUGAUAUCAAGUUGGAAUUCGAUAAGUCUCAUCUUGCAUAUUCAAAAGAGACUUAUUACAGGGAAUUGGAUUUGGAUAAUGCAACGGCAACAGUAAAAUACUCUGUUGGUGAUGUAGAAUUUACCAGAGAACAUUUUGCUUCUAAUCCAGAUCAAGUGAUAGUGACAAGGAUUUCUGCCAGCAAAUCAGAGUCCUUAUCAUUUACAGUGUCUCUGGAUAGCAAAUUACCUUACAGUUCGCAGGUUAGAGGCCAAAAUCAGAUAAUUAUGGAGGGAAGUUGUCCUGGCAAGAGGAAGCCGCCAAAAGUGAAUUCUGAUGACAAUCCAAAGGGAGUUCAAUUCUGUGCAGUUCUUAAUUUGCAGAUUAGUAGCGGAAAAGGAACUGUACAUGUUUUAGAGGAUAAGAAGCUGAGAGUCGAAGGUUCAGAUUGGGCUAUCCUGCUUUUGACAGCGGCUUCUUCUUUUGAUGGCCCUUUUACUAAGCCCAAAGACUCUAAGAAGGACCCUACUUCUGAGUCCACAGGCAAAAUGAAGUCAAUUCAAAAUUUAUCGUAUAGUGAUCUUUAUGCGCAUCACUUGGAUGACUAUCAGAAUCUGUUUCAUCGUGUCUCGUUGCAACUCUCCAAGAGCUCCAGGAAUGUUUUGGACAAGAGGAAAUCAGAGUCCUCUCUUGGUAACAGUUCUCAAAUGGGGGCCAGUGAUACUGUUCCAACUGCAGCAAGGGUCAAAUCUUUUAAAACUGAUGAAGACCCUUCUUUUGUGGAGCUCUUGUUUCAAUAUGGUAGAUAUCUGCUAAUUUCUUGUUCACGUCCUGGAACUCAGGCGGCAAAUCUGCAGGGCAUAUGGAACAAAGACAUUGAACCUGCAUGGGAUGGUGCACCUCACUUGAACAUCAAUCUUCAAAUGAAUUAUUGGCCAGCCCUUCCUUGCAACCUACACGAGUGCCAAGAGCCAUUAUUUGACUUCAUUUCCUCUUUGGCUGUCAGUGGAAGUAAAACUGCAAAGGUGAACUAUGAAGCAAAUGGUUGGGUCGCACAUCAAGUGUCUGACAUAUGGGCUAAGACAUCUCCAGAUCGUGGUGAAGCUGUUUGGGCGUUAUGGCCAAUGGGUGGAGCUUGGCUUUGUACCCAUCUGUGGGAACAUUAUACCUAUACAAUGGAUAAAGAUUUCCUUAAAAAUAAAGCAUACCCUUUGAUGGAAGGAUGUACGUUAUUUUUGUUGGAUUGGUUAAUUGAAGGCCGGGGUGGAUUCUUAGAAACCAACCCAUCAACUUCCCCAGAGCACAUGUUCAUUGCCCCAGAUGGAAAGCAGGCCAGUGUGAGCUACUCAUCGACCAUGGACAUGUCAAUCAUUAGAGAAGUUUUCUCUGACAUUGUUUCUGCUGCUAAGGUUUUGGGAAGAGAUGAUGAUGAUAUCAUCAAGAGAGCAAUGGAGGCUCAGUCUAAGCUUUUACCAACCAAGAUUGCUCGGGAUGGUUCCAUCAUGGAGUGGGCAGAAGAUUUUCAGGACCCAGAUGUACAUCAUCGACAUGUUUCACACCUCUUCGGCUUGUUUCCAGGGCACACAAUAACUGUUGAGAAAAACCCAGACCUCUGCAAAGAUGCGGAUUAUAGUCUAUAUAAACGAGGUGAAGAAGGUCCAGGGUGGUCAACUACUUGGAAAACCGCACUGUGGGCUCGUCUUCAUAACAGUGAGCAUGCAUAUCGCAUGGUAAAACAUUUGAUUGACUUAGUGGACCCUGACCAUGAAGCGAAUUAUGAAGGAGGACUUUACAGCAAUCUGUUUACUGCACAUCCUCCUUUUCAGAUUGAUGCCAACUUUGGGUUUUCAGCAGCGAUUGCGGAAAUGCUUGUACAAAGCACAGUAAAGGAUCUCUACUUGCUUCCUGCUUUGCCUAGGGAUAAAUGGGCCAAUGGUUGUGUAAAAGGAUUGAAAGCACGUGGCGGAGUGACAGUCAACAUCUGCUGGAAAGAAGGAGACAUGCAUGAAGUUGGCCUUUGGUCAGAAAACCAUAAUUCCCAGGUGAGACUACAUUAUAGGGGAGCAAAAGUCUCGGCAAGUUUGUCACCAGGAAAGGUUUAUUCUUUCAAUAACAAGCUGAAGUGUGUGAGGACAUACUCAAUAGCUGAAGUGAAUCCUUGAUUCUUGUGGUUAUAUCGUUAUUUGGAGGAGCAAUUUUUUCCAUCGUCCCUCGUAAUAAAAUCUAUGAAGGAGGUUGUAUUCAUUUAUAUAUACCUUAUGGGAUUUGAUACUGGUGAUCAUGUGAUAUUUAUCUUUUUGAUGCUUUGUUUUAUUCCCCAUGAGUCAUUUAGGAUGGAAUAAGGGGAGAUCCGUUGGAUUGCUUCCUUCGUAUUAUUAUCCCUUGGUAUUGUUGCGUAGCUAAAUGUAUUGUGAAUGUUCGGUACCGUUGACCUGAGACGUUGAAGAGUCUAGGCUUUCGGA